UUUGGCCUUUUUGUUUGGUGUUAUGUAGACCUCUAUGUUGGGUAGAGCAUAUGUCAUUGGACAAUGAAACUGGACUGGAUCCUUCUGGUACAAGAGUUAGGCCGGUCACUGGACUUGUUGCAGCAGAUUACUUUGCAGCUGACUAUUUUGUGUGGGUAGUUCUGAUCGCCAAUUUGGCUCGGCUUGGGUAUGAGGAGAAAACAAUGUACAUGGCUGCGUAUGAUUGGAGACUUUCAUUCCAGAACACUGAAGUGCGGGACCAAACCCUGAGCAGUAUAAAAAGCAAUAGAGAACUCAUGGUAAAUACAAAUGGUGGGACAAAGGUGGUUGUUGUUCCACAUUCAAUGGGAGUUCUGUACUUUUUGCAUUUCAUGAAGUGGGUUGAGUCACCAGCUCCAAUGGGUGGUGGUGAUGGGUCAGAUUGGUGCGCUUAGCAUAUAAAGGCAGUGAUGAACAUUGGUGGGCCAUUUUUAGGUGUUCCAAAAGCAGUCUCGGGACUCUUCUCUUC